AUGGACCCUUCUGUCAGGAACGAGGGAAACCCGAUCGUCCCAUCGGCGAAGAAGAGAAAGCCGAGACCAAAGCUAUCAUGCGUGCUUUGUCGGCAGAAAAAAUUGAAAUGCAAUCGGAUGCACCCCUGUGACAAUUGCAUCAAGCACAAGAGACCUUACAUGUGCCACUAUCAGGGUCCCCCGGGUAUACCAAUGAAGGGAUCUCAGGACAUCCAUAAUCAUAUCCAUGAUCUAGAGGCCCGCAUGCAGCAGCUAUCCGGCGCAACUGUGCAAUCUUCGUUCCCCAGUUUUCCACAAUCGAACUUUCCGCCCUCAGGUUUGACUGCUGCUGAGGUUCAAGCUGGCCCCAGCGCAGCCGAGGAGGUAUCCGAGCCCCAGGGAGACUAUCCCGGAACUAUCCUGGUCGACCAAGAUGGAACGAGGUAUAUCAACCCCACCCACUGGCAGGCAGUGCUGGACGAAAUUGCAGAGGUCAAGCAGUAUCUCCAACUGAAUGAGAAUAGCCCGCUUGAGGAUGCAGAAGAGGAGACUUCGGCGCCAGAAGUCUCGGGACCAGUGCUUUUGUUUGGCAAUUUAGUUCCAUCCACAAAAGCCGAUCUACUCGCUGCAUUACCAGAUCGACCAGCGGCGGACAGGCUGGUUUCAUUCUACCUGAACUCUAAAGAAGCGACUUUGGUCCUCAUGCACAUCCCAACCUUUGCUAAAGAGUACGCUGCAUUCUGGAAGAAUCCCGAGGAUGUGUCAAUCAAUUGGCUGGCAUACCUUUACAGCAUACUAUGUAUCUCUACAGGGCUACAUCUAUUUUCCGCCUCCGGUCGGGCCGACGGUCAUCUCGCUGAGGCAUUUGAUGAGUAUCACAGACUAGCCUCGCAAUGCCUAACAAUUGCAGAGUACACAACACCAGGGCGGUAUAAGCUCGAAGCACUCGUUAUGAAUGUAGCCAGUGAGAUCCUAAGAAGCGCUGAUACGCACACCGGUCCAUCGGUUCUCUUGGGGUUAGCCUCUCGGUUAGCAAUGCACAGCGGCUACCACCGGGAUCCAGAUCAUUACCGGGAGAUAUCGGUAUUUGAUGGUGAAAUGCGCCGGCGCGUUUGGAUGUACCUCUCGCUGCUAGACCACUAUAUCUCCUGCCAGAUCGGACUUCCACCCAGUACAAUGCAGGCUCAAUCCGAUACACAAGAGCCUCGAAACCUGACAGACGAAGACCUGGACCCAUCUGCAACGGUCCUUCCCACCUCCAGACCACUGACAGAGAAAACGUCCAUACUCUUUCCCGUUUUCUUGAAUCGGAUUAUGUUUGCCGGAGCAGAGAUAACGAGUAAAGUGUGCUCCGUAAAAGGCGUUCCUUACCGGGAAGUGCUGCAUUUGGAUGCAAAAUUACGGAAGCUUCAUGAGACGGUUCCGCAUCCAUUAUGCUUCCGUCCACCCAGCGAAUCUAUCGCCGACUCCCCUACAACAAUUAUGGAUCGGUACAAUAUUGACUUGAUGUACCAGAAAGCUCGCUCAGACCUUCAUCGGAGAUAUCUGACACAACAUCGACGGAACCCAAAGUACGCAUACUCCCGAAGGGAGUGUCUCGAUGCUGCAAGAAGGGUAUUGCAGCAUCAAGCCGAUAUCUUCGAUGCGAGCUCCCCAGGGGGUCAGCUUGGCCUCGUGUCUUUCUUUUUCUCAUCCUGCGUCAUAAUGCAUUUCCGCGUAGCUGCGAUGAUUGUCUGCUUAGAAAUUUCCUGCCAAUCAAGACACGACCUACAACAGAAUCUAUCGCCCGGAGAGCGGCAGUCGAUUCUAGCACAAAGACAUCAGCUCUCGCAAGACCUAGAGCGGUCUUACAGGAUCUGGAAUCGGUUCCGUUCUCAAUCCAAAGAGGCCUUGAAAACGGCCGAGGCUCUAGCAAUCAUGCUGAGGAUUACAAAUACUCACCUCCAGCAUGGUGCAACACCUCCGGGACAUGAACAAUCUCCUCCGCCUGUUGCGCUAGAAACCCAAUCCUUCACCCCAACCUCUGAUUUAAAUAGUCAGUUUGAUGUCAGUUCAAUGAUACCCCUACUUCCUGUAACCUUUGAAGAAAGCUCCCCGCAAGAUAUCCAAUACCAGGGCACGCCCUUUGAUGUCGAUCUCAUGGACGCUACAUUCUACCUUGGACAGGACGUCGACACCAACGCUAAUCACGCGGCCUUCUCCGGCCCUACAAACAACGUCGACUUUUUCGAUCGCUACUGGGAUAAUUUGAUGCUCCUUGGUGGCGAUCAGCCCUCCAAUGGCAUUGCGCUGCCCACUGGGAAUUAUGAUGGUGCAGAUUUAGGGUUAUAG